GGAAAGGAAAUAAAAAGCCUGCGGUUGCAUCGUAGAAGGAUCACACGUGUCUUACUUUCAGAGGGAAAAAGAAUUAUAGUAAUACCAAUAAAAGCUACCCGAAAUAUCACAGGCUUGAAGGCGGUCGGGUUUGCCUGGUUUUUUUAUCCUCUCAUUUUUUUCCCCACCUCCUCCAUCCUCUCCUUCAAGGAUCUGCUAUUACUACUACUAUUACAACUACUGUUACUUCGUUUUGCGUUUAGCAUGGACGGGCUCGCAGUUCGCCGGCAGGACGCGACGCGCCCCAACGAUGAGGUGGUGCCCAUACGUACGGCUGUCCUACACCUGCGCCCCGCCCCCACCGCGGCGGAGACGGAGCAGGCGGAGCGACAGCGGACGAUGCGCGUGUCGUGGGACCCGCGGGUGCGAGAGCCCGAGAACCAGCAAGUCAGCAAGUGCUGCUGCGUGUUUCACAAGAAGAAGCUCUUUGGAGAGAGCAGCAGCGAUAGCUCGAGUAGCAGCAGCAGCGACGACGACGACAGCGGCAACAACGGGGAGGACGGUCACCGUGGCCCUGUGUCUGGCGGUGCGGGCGGUGUGGGCAGUCACGACGAGGCCGCUGGUGCGCAUUCACACGAUGGGUGCGAGCACGGCUGCGGACACGAUCACAAACCGCGGCGGCGCCGCCCGAAGUGCACCAAAGAGCACUGUUACUGUGGAACCACGUUUCAUUAA